AUGGUCUUGUUCCAAUCCUCAGACACGUUGGACAAGGACUUUGGAGCACUUGAAUCCUCUGCAGAUGUGGUUCGGGGAGCACUGGCUCUCACUGUCUACCUGGGCAAGAGGGACUUUGUGGACCACAUAGAUGCUGUCGAUCCAGUGGACGGUGUCGUGUUGGUGGAUCCAGAAUAUCUGAAGGAAAGGAAAGUUUUUGUGACUCUGACAUGCGCCUUCCGCUACGGCCGGGAGGACCUGGACGUCCUGGGCCUGACCUUCCGGAAAGAUCUAUUUGUCGCCAACAUCCAGGCCUUUCCCCCUGUCCCUGAGGAGAAAAAGCCCCUGACGCGGCUCCAGGAACGGCUGAUUAAGAAGCUCGGCGAGCAGGCCUACCCGUUUACCUUUGAG